UCAGUCGUAACACAUUACUUACUGGAUACUAAAUUAUCUUCUCAAUUUGAAGUAUUUUGUAAAAAUGAUUGAAAAAAUGGAAGAAAUACCCGCCUUUGCCGCUCUAAGUGAAUUUGCUAGCAGUAGCGCCGGCGGCCAAGUUCUAUUCGCAACCGACGAUUUCUUCGCACCAUGUGAAAACAUGAUAUUAGAUACCGAGCCAGUUUUCAUAGCUGAUAAAUACACUGAGUACGGAAAAUGGAUGGAUGGCUGGGAGACUCAAAGGAAGAGAAUACCUGGUCAUGAUUGGUGCAUCAUAAAACUGGCUACAAAAUGUGUUAUAAGAGGUUUAUUAAUAGAUACAGCUUUUUUCUCGGGGAACUACGCACCGAAAUACUCUAUACAGGCCGCUUGUUUAACACCAGAAGAAGAGGCGUUAUUGCCCGAAAGGGACUCAGAAAUGGGGUCAGCGUGCACCGAAUGUGACUUGGAACGGGUAAAACAGCUUAGGACUGACAAAUGGGAGGAAAUUGUCCCUAUAACUGCUUUGCGACCCGGCUAUGAAGAGACCAGGAUGAACUUCCAGAAGGUACUAUGUGAUGAAGCGUGGACUCACAUACGCGUGAAUAUUUACCCGGAUGGCGGCAUUGCAAGACUUCGCGUAUACGGUGAAGCAAAACCGGAGCUGCCAGCCAGUGAUCACUUAAUCGAUUUAAUAUCAUUAUUAAAUGGUGGAACUUGCUUGGAAUAUUCAAAUGCACAUUACGGUCACCCGAGAAACGUGAUAAAGCCUUGCAAAAGCCAGGCAAUGUCUGACGGUUGGGAAACAGCCAGGAGAUUAGACAGACCUGAAGUACUCGAGACGUAUGAUGACGGAACUUUGAAAGUAUCGGGAGAAGAAUGGUCGAUUUUCAAAUUGGGUUUUUGUGGAAGAAUUACAAACAUCUGUGUUGAUACCGCACAUUUCAAAGGCAAUUAUCCGGAUACGAUUAAAAUAGAAGGAGCAUUUGUUACAAGUGAAUGGGCACAAUCAAAUAACAUUACUUGGUUCAAUAUACUGAAACGUAGCAAGCUAUCGCCUCAUAAGGAGCAUUGGUUCACGUGUAAAUCAGAUGUUGUGUCUCAUAUUCGUGUUACAAUAGGUCCGGACGGAGGACUUAGCCGACUUAGAACAUUUGGUUACGUGCAACCAACAAUUAUUAUUUGAUAUUCGUCAUAUAAAUGUAACAAAUAUUAUACUGUGAUACUGAAGACAUAUUGUUACUCGUGAACAUAUAUUCUACUAAUUUAAUUACAUUUUGUUUCAUAAUAUUUCACAUAACAUGUCAUCACCUGCCUCUUAUCUUAAUAAGUACGUUACUAUUACACAUAUACAUAUGUCUGUGCAUUUACUGGUAAAAUACAUUGUUUACUUUUAACCCCGCAAAAUAUAUGGUUCCCAUGAGAUACAUGCCUACGUGUGAAGCCAAUUCGGACAACUAGUGAUUAAUUAAUUUCAUUUAAUUUAUAAAUUAAUUUAUAAAUAAAUCCCCCAUACAUACAUUUAGAUAUAAAUUGCGUGUAGGUAUAAGAGUGAUGUUGAUGUUUAUUAUUUCUGAUAGCUUACAUUUUAUCUUUCUAUUGUCUAACAGAGGCUGGCCCUCUACUUGUUUUGCCCUUAAGUAGAUAUUUUAUUUAAAGUGUAAUGAUAAAAUACUAAACGUCUCUGAAAGUAAUUGUUAUUUCAUAAAGUGCUCUGAUUCAAUUACUUUUAUUUUUAUUCAAUAUUAACAUAGUAAAGUAUUAUUAAUGUUAGAAAUAAAUGAAUAUUUCGUCAAA